AUGAGCUCCAAGCACUCCUCCGACUGGAUUCCCUACAGCACUUUAGAUGAUGAGGGCACAAACCUCCGACAACAGAAACUGGACAGACAGCGGGCGCUUCUUGAACAGAAACAGAAGAAGAAGAGGCAGGAGCCUCUGAUGGUCCAGUCUACUGUGGACGGGAGAUCUCGCACACGUCGGACCAAACAGAGCGAGGAACAGGCGCCGCUGGUGGAAUCCUACCUCAGCAGCAACAGCAGCACCAUCUACCACGUGCAAGAAGCUGAACAGGAGGAGGUGAAGGUGAUAGCGGACACACAGCCGCCUCGCUCAGCCAAAAAGGGAAAAGCAUCGGCCAGCUCCACUCCACAAACAGGCAGCGACAAGAAGGAGAGGAAGGGGAAGCACAAAGCAGCAUUGGAUGGCCUGGCCUCCCAGCAGGACGACGGUCAGAUCCAGAUCCUGACGGUGGGUCACCCCAGCACAGAGGAGGGCGAGGCAGAGCCUGUCAUGAGCUGCACUCAGUCGCAGAGCAAACAGGAUCUGCGUGUCACAAUGCUCAAAAAAGGUAUAUCCAGCAGUAUGAAUUUUGAUGAAGAAGAGGACGAUGAAGAUGAAAUUAGCUCCAGUUCCUCACAGCUCAACAGCAACACGAGGCCAGGCUCUGCCACUAGCAAGAAGUCAUGCAAGGAGGUGGCCUCAGCACCCACUCCCACAGUCAAUGAACCUGCCAUCGAUGUAGAUGACCUUGAAGAGUUUUCUCUGCGUCCUGCACCUCAGGGUGUCAGAGUGAAGUGCAGAAUCACCAGAGACAAGAAGGGCAUGGACAGAGGCAUGUAUCCCACCUACUACCUUCACCUGGAGAGAGAGGACGGCAAGAAGGUGUUCCUGUUGGCUGGCAGGAAAAGGAAAAAGAGUAAAACAUCAAAUUAUCUCAUCUCCAUCGAUCCAACUGAUCUGUCUCGAGGCGGAGAGAGCUUCAUCGGUAAACUGAGGUCUAACCUCAUGGGAACUAAGUUCACUGUAUACGACAGCGGCCUGAACCCCAUGAAGAGCACAACCAGCCUUGAAGCUAGCAACCUGCGUCAAGAGCUAGCAGCCAUUUGCUACGAAACCAAUGUUUUAGGAUUCAAAGGACCGCGCAAAAUGAGUGUCAUCAUUCCUGGAAUGAACAUGGACCAUGAGAGAGUGUCUAUUCGCCCACGAAAUGACCAUGAGUCACUGCUUGCCAGGUGGCAGAACAAGAACACAGAGAGCGUGAUUGAACUUCACAACAAGACGCCUGUGUGGAAUGAUGACACACAAUCCUAUGUGCUCAACUUCCACGGCAGAGUCACUCAGGCCUCCGUCAAGAAUUUCCAAAUCAUUCACGACAAUGACCCUGACUACAUUGUGAUGCAGUUUGGCCGUGUGGCAGAGGAUGUCUUCACCAUGGACUAUAACUACCCAAUGUGUGCCCUGCAAGCCUUUGCCAUUGCGCUCUCCAGCUUUGACAGCAAGUUAGCCUGUGAAUAG